GAAAGAAAGAAAGCGGGCAAAACAAAAUUUUGAAAUCAAGAAGAGCGGGCUCCCUCCCUUUCUCCACAACCUGCAAGAGUAAAUAGAAGGCCCCUGCAACCCAAUGAAACUCGCCCUUCUCCUCUUCAAUUCCAGGCCCAAGCGAAGAAGAAGAGAGAGAAAAGGAAGAAGAGAGAGAAGGAACCAUCCAUGGCCGCUAAUCAAGAGAACAAUGUUCGGGUAACGCGAGCAGCGAGGAAGAGAGCUGCCGCUGCUCUGCAACCCUGCAGUCCUCCUCCUGCUCGGAAGAAAAGAGUGGCUUUGGGCGAGCUCCAAAACUUCAGUAAUGUCCUCCCCGACAUCAACACUGGAAAUGGAGGAGACCCCAAAGCUUCUUUGAAGCCUUUGAAGUUGCGAACGGAGGAGAGAGAGGAACCUGUUGAUGUUGACUUGGUUUCUGAGGAUCCCAUUCUUGGUAGUGCCUAUGCUUCGGAUAUUUACCAGUACUUGAGAUCAGCUGAGGUGAAGCGGAGGCCAAGGGUGAACUUCAUAGAUUCCAUUCAGAAUGACAUAACAGCUAACAUGAGAGGGAUUCUUGUGGAUUGGCUGGUUGAAGUUGCAGAGGAGUACAAGCUUAUUUCUGAUACUCUUUAUCUCACUAUCUCAUAUAUCGAUCGAUUCCUCUCAUCAAAUGCAAUCAAGAGACAGAGACUACAGCUCUUGGGUGUUUCUUGCAUGCUUAUUGCCUCAAAGUAUGAAGAGAUUAGCCCCCCCCAUGUUGAAGAUUUUUGCUAUAUAACCGACAAUUCUUACACCAAGGAAGAGGUGGUGCAAAUGGAAAGGGAAAUACUCAAGUUUCUCAACUUUGAGAUGAGCAGCCCAACAAUUAAGACCUUUCUCAGCAGGCGAUUCAAUAGAGCUUCUCAAGAGGGAAACAAGACCUCUGAACUGGUAUUGGAGUUCCUGGGUAACUACCUCGCAGAGUUAAGCUUAUUAGAUUAUGGAUGUGUAAGAUUCUUUCCGUCCAUCAUUGCCGCUUCAGUCAUAUUCCUUGCAAGAUUCACUCUCCGUCCACAGACCCAUCCUUGGACAUCAACUCUACAACACUACACCGGUUAUAAAUCAUCAGAUUUAAAGGAUUGUGUCAUUGCUAUACACAGUUUGCAAUUGAACACAAAAGGAUGCAGUUUGGCAGCCAUCAGGGAUAAGUACAAAUCACAUAAGUUCAAAUGUGUGUCAUCUUUGUCGCCCCCCACUGAGAUCCCAUCUCAAUUUUUUGAAGACAUCAAUGGAUAGAAGAUGGUUGGCGUUUGCUAAUCUGUGCCUAUAAUUGGAGAAUGAUCCAUGAUUCAGGUGUUGUAGAUUCUAUGCCUGGUUUACACUUCAACUUACACAACUUGAAUGAUGGUUAUAAACUUACACAACUUGAUCAUCUUCGUCAUAAGCUUCCCUGCUGAAGAGGGAGUACAUUGAAGAUAAUCUGCAUCAUGCUCUUAAAUGCAUGAGGCCUUAAAAUGUUUUCAUAAUUAAGUUUAAGUCUUUCAAUAUCACUAGCCAACAAGGAAAUUUGCUUCAAUGACAGCUGUAUCAUGAUUUUGUAAUGUACACUAAACUUGUUAUGGAUGGAGUCCAGGGGAGGGUUCAAGAUUUUUGGAAUGAAACUCAUGUUUAUUCCCUUUUGAUGACAUGAUUGGCCCCAUUCGAGAGUGUUACAAACUUAGAAGGCUCAAAAUCUGAAAUUUUAUCUUUUGUAGUUUAAUGUGUGACCAAUAGGUUCAUUCUUUUGUAUUGCUUGUGUUACUUCUUGCAACCUUCAUGCACUUAUUUAUUUCUCAUUGUUACAAUUCUUUACCCCGUAAUGAGAUUGGUACUCCAUUUUUAUUGCUCUACUAAGUGUUGCAUCCAUCAUUGUUUGCUGACUUGGAAAUCAGGUACUUGUCUUUUGGGUUCAUUAUUGUUUUACUUAGGUGAAUUCAGCAAUAUACCUAAAACUAAAGACA